AUGAAGCCUUUUUUGAAGCAGGAGAAUUUGGCGACUCCAACCCAGUUGCGCUUCAAAGAACUGUGUGGUGGUUUUUAUCCCUACACUUCGGUUUCCGAGCAAGAGACGAGUCGUAAGUCACGCUGGGGUGACGUUCAGCUUCAACAGCAGAAUGAUGGCCAAGACGUCUUGGUUUGGUUGGCCGAGCGAGGCACAAAGACCCGACAUGGUCAGGAGAGAGGACACCAAAGAAUGUUCCAACGUAAAUUUAACCAAAGAUUUUUGCCACCAAUUCCGCAGUCACCGGCCAGUGGAAAUGAAGGCACCAGAAUCACCGGCAUAAUCGACGAUCAAAUGAAGAAGUUUGGUAUACGAAGGCACCCCACGGAAAAAAUGAAAUAGGAAAGUUUCUGUCCACCGUAGCGAAGAAUGUUGACCUUCACAGAGAGGGGAAAAAAGUAAUCAAUCAUUCUGUCAGGAAAACCUGUAUUUCGAGUCUCCUUGAUGCUAAUGUUCCAGAGAACCUUGUAGCCCAACUGAGUGGCCACAAAAGCACGGAGAGUUUACAGUCCUACAAGUCCACCAGUGCUAAACACCAAAAGAGGAUGUCCUUGACCCUCGGCAGAGCUGAUCUUUUUGGAUCCUGA